AUUUGGAUUUUAUCAUUUUUUUUUUCCUCCAAAUUUAUGAACACGUGUUGAGUCGUUUCUUCUUCGUUUCAAGAUCCAUUGACGUCCUCUGAUUCUCAGCUGAAACACAGCGUUUCCCUUAUGACUUUUGCUUACUAAAAUGGAUGUUCAACCAACAACCAGCCAAUUUGUAGGUUUCAGAAUCAGCGCCAUUUGAAGUUCUUCCCAUUUCUUCAAUGGAGCGGGAACAAAGCUGCUCCGCCAUGGGAGGUGGUGAAUCUAUCCCAAAUCAUCACCAAACGUUGAUUCUGAAAUCGAUUUUCUUCUUGGAUGGCUUCGGCGAUGUCUUACUCACUUCCAAUUCAGAUGGCUUGUUCUGGGAAUCGGUUGACUCCCCUGAAACUGAUGGUUCAGAUUGUUUGGGCAUUAAGCUUGCUCCUGAAGCUCCAGCAGAGGUCAAGUUUUCUGAUGUAUAUGGUGUUGAGUUUGACAACUUUGGAGUGAUUCGAAAAUCAAAACUUGGAAUUGCUCCAAGCUGUAUAUUAUGUGAUGAAUAUGAGAUGUAUAGAUUUACAGUGUACAGUUUUCAAAGAUCAAAAUCUCAGCCUGCUCAGUGGGUCCUGACUACAUUUACGUUCGGUCAUGAAGACCAGCAAACAUGUCAGAUGUGGGUAAAUCAGAUUGAUGCAUCUUUGGUCCUUCAAGAUGGGAGACCAAAGAAUCUUCUUGUUUUUGUUAAUCCAAGGAGUGGGAAAGGGAUAGGAAGUAGAACCUGGGAAGCAGUGGCUCCCAUAUUUUUACGGGCUAAAAUAAACACAAAGGUGAUUGUGACUGAAAGGGCAAAUCAUGCAUUUGAUGUAAUGGCAACUACUUCAAACAAGGACCUUAAAAUGUAUGAUGGUAUUGUUGCUGUUGGUGGAGAUGGUUUCUUCAAUGAGAUCCUCAAUGGUUUUCUUUUGUCAAGGCAUUUGGCACAUUACCCACCAACGCCUUCAGACAUCAUAGACUGCCGGCAGACUGAAGGUAACUAUCCUAAUGAAGCGAUAAAUGCAAUUGUCAAUGGAAGUGAAGAUCAGGCACCACUCCUGUCAAGUGCUAAACAUGGUGGAUUAGGACUCUCAACUUCUUCAGGGAACUCAACAGACCAUGCUUCUGAAUUUUCAGCAUUUCAUACAUGGUUUAGAUUUGGAAUCAUUCCUGCAGGUUCAACAGACGCUAUUGUGAUGUGUUCUACUGGAUGCCGAGAUCCUAUUACAUCAACCCUGCAAAUUGUCUUGGGUAAAAGAGUCCACCUUGAUAUAGCUCAAGUAGUAAGGUGGAAAAAGACUCCAACAUCAAAGUUUGAUCCUUGUGUACGCUAUGCGGCUUCUUUUGCUGGAUAUGGAUUUUAUGGAGAUGUCAUUGCAGAGAGUGAAAAAUUACGAUGGAUGGGGCCUAGACGCUAUGAUUAUGCUGGCACAAGAGUGUUCUUGAGGCAUAGUUCAUACGAAGCAGAGGUAGCCUAUGUAGAUACAAAGUCAGAAGACACUAAUGCAAAUGGGAAAAGAGUACUAUGUCGUAGCAAUUGUAGUAUUUGUAACACAAGGCCACACUUGCAGCAUUCUCAUACUGGCUCGAGUUCACUUCAGGAUGAAACUAGAUGGUUGAAAUCCAAGGGACGGUUCCUAAGUAUUGGUGCUGCUGUAAUCUCUUGUCGUAAUGAAAAAGCACCGGACGGCUUGGUAGCUGAUGCUCACCUUUCAGAUGGCUUCCUGCAUCUUAUCUUGAUCAGAGACUGCCACCAUGCGCUCUAUCUUUGGCACCUUACUCAGCUGGCCAGAAAAGGUGGAAAUCCAAUGGAUUUCAAGUUUGUGGAACAUCACAAGACUACAGCUUUUACAUUCACUUCAUUUGGUGAUCAAAGUGUUUGGAAUUUGGAUGGGGAGCUGUUUGAAGCACACCAACUUUCAGCACAAGUAUUUCGUGGCCUUAUAUCCUUGUUUGCUUCUGGCCCUGAAGUUUGAAUUAGGUAUUCUUAUACAAUAUACUCUUCUCUACUCCUUUCGAGUUUUGUAAACGAAAGAAGAAUAUGGUUCGUUUUUCAGUCGGGGUCGAAUGAAAUAUACCAGUCUUUGAAAGGAUGUGAUUACUGUGAAUGUACAAUUUGCAUUAUUUAAAGCAUGCUUGGUAACAUCUUUGUUUCUUGUUUCCAAAGUUAUGCUUAUUUGCUAAUAAAUUUUUUGCUUGUUUCGUAA